AUGAACCGCAGUGGCGAUGCGAUUGCGUUGCGUGACACGGCAGCGUACAAGGAUUUUUACCGUAGCCAACUGCAUGAUAUGUCGACAAUGAGCGGUCCCUUAAAGGUGGCGGCAAUGACGUCUUCAAUGUCGAUGGGAGCUGCAGGAGCUGCAGCAGCACAUCCGACGGCAGGAUCUGUGGUUUCUGAAGACACUGUACUACUUGAACUUCUUAUUCCUGUGUAUCUUAAGCUGGAGGAUCGUGAAGAAGUGUGUCGCGAACUUGGUGUCUUUGUUCAGACGGGGCGUGGCGGGGUGAAUGGUCUCUCACGAAAGGUGUGUGUGCGUUUGACGGACCCUGCGGAUCCUUUUUUUCUGUUUGAACUAGAGCUUCUUGAGGAUGACUACGGUUCAUUCAAGCAAAGAUUGGAGCUUCUUGUAGACUUUAGUGGGUUUCCGCGGUAUCUUGUCUCCAUGUUGAAUGGCAUUGUUAACGGAAUCACACCGUAUGCGGUUUGUUUUGUGGUGGACAACCGGGACACGCUGCGCGGGACGUUGCGGGUGCUUGAACGGACGGAAUUUCGUACGGUGGAACACAUCUCGCUUCUGUUGUUGCGACAAGGCGAUGCAGGACAGAAACGGUACCUGGCGGAGCGAUUUCAACACUUUGAAAGGGCGUACAUCCGGGAAGUGGAGGAGCAUCGCUCCGACUCCGCCGCGGCAACUGCGAAUAUCGAAUCCUUGAAAAGUGAGGUGGCGGCGUUCCAAGAAAAAUGCGACACGCUUCGGGAGCAGUUGAGGGUGGAGGUGGCGAAAUCGGAAAAGAAUCAGUUGGCCAGCGUCAGCCAGCUGCGUGGGGAACACGCCAGCGAAGUUCUGCAGCUCCGCAAUUCGUUGGAAAGCGAACUCCGUCGUAUAACGUGCAAAGCAGAGGAGGUCCAGGCGCAGCUUAUGGAGGACGUGAGGACAAAGGACAGGGGGUUGCAGGAAGCCAACCAGCGCGUUGCUUUGCUGGAGUCGUCUGUUGCAAAGCUGCAAUCGCAGCUGCGAGUUGCUGGAGAUAAAUGCGAUGCCCAAGCGAAGGAGCUGGAGGAGCUUCGCUCCUCUAAUCAUGAGCUCCGGGACUUUCGCUCAAAUGCCACCCGAUCCAUCUCCGACAACGAGCUUAACUGCGUCAAACUGCAAGAGCGUCUGCGUGGCCUGGUGCUGACCCUGAAGUCACGAGAUGAGGAGGCCCAGUCGCUGCGGGAUCAGUACCAGAAGCAGGACAGCUACAUUCAUAUCCUUACCUCGCAAAAUGACCAGCUUACCGAACAGAACAAAAAGAACGAGGUGUCAUUAAAAAAGGCACAUCAUAUCAUUUCUACCCAGUUAAGGCACAUCAAAGGGGCGAGGGAACGUGAGCGCAUGAUGCGUGAUCAAUUACGCAGCCAAGAAGCACUACUGCAAGAAAAGGUGGACGCUAUUGCCCGACUGAGAGAUGAGUUAGCAUCCUCAGCAGAACGUGGGCGAGUACUUCAGAAUAAAAACACCGAACUUCGCGAUCAGUUAGAGAAGACGGAUGCUGCACGUGAGAAACUUGCACAGGAGUUGAAGCAGAGUCAAGAUGCCCUCAUCCAUCUUCAGAGAAGCACCAGUAUAAAUGGACGACACUGGUCAAUAAUGUCUAACAACAACACCGGGAAUAACGUCAACAGUGCUCUUGGCGUAGGAACGAUUAACGGUUUUGGGUCCACUUCACAUGACAUUUAUCACGAGCUUAAUAAGAAUGCCAUCACAACCGUACGAAAUGCGGGUUGGUUGCCAUCUCACGGGUAUACGGAUGCUUCUAGUUUGCCAGAAGUACAUUCCCAGCGUGGAGUAAAUGGAAAUGCCAGCAAUCCUCAAGGAGCAUUGGUGGGUGAAACGAAAAAUGUGAGUAGGGCUUCACAUGAUCUUCCAAAUCCGGUGAACAACAAAACGGCAAAUAAUUUUGAGACGGAGGCGGAAAGUUUCUUUGUUAAUAGUUUGGCAAAAUUGCCUACCACGUCCGGGAGUCAAAUGGUAAACGGUAAAAGCACGCGUCAUCCUUUGGAUACUACAGCCGUCAAUGUGGCGUUGAAUUCGAGGAAUCAAGCGUUUGUCACAAAAAGCUUUUUUAAUGAUGGUGGAGACAAUGCGAACUCCACAGCCAAUACAGCUUCCUUUAUGGAAAAACCAACGGCAAACUUAACAAAAACAGCAACAGUACCAAGCGCCUACUUUUAG